AAACCAAAAAGAAGAGUCGUAGCAGGUAUAGGAGAGACAGGGCGAUUGGAAAUUGAGCAAGAUUCAGGUGGAAGAUUGACAAAAAUCCAGGAAAGUAAUGGUUGUGCAGAGGAAAAGGAGGAAAACUGGGAGGCAGAGUUCUUUCAUGUACCAGACCAGAAUAAAGCGAGACAGCAGGAGAAGCAGAAACAGAACAGAAGAAAGAUCAGUGGGAAGCAACACCAAAUCAGCUCAGGCUGGGAAGCGGAAAAGCUGCGUGGGUUCGAGCGUUAUCGGUGUGUGAUCCGUGUCUGUGAGCGGUGCGGACUGCAUAGGGGCACAGCCGGG